GCGGCCGUCGCGGCCUAGUGGUUAUAAAAGGGCUGACGGGCUCCCUCUGCUGCCCAGUCGCGCCGCCAGCGGGCUGAGGGCACGGGGUGGGUAGCCGGAGCGAGCGCGGUCUUCUGUGGCUGCGGAGCGUGCCUUCCUCGCUGUCCACUCUCCAGGUGUGUGAACCUGUAAACUUUGUCUUCCAAGAUGAUUUGGUAUAUUGUACUUGUUGGGACACUACUUCCCAAGUCUUUGGCUCAUCCAGGAUUUUUUACUUCAAUUGGUCAGAUGACUGAUUUGAUUCAUACUGAGAAAGAUCUGGUGACUUCUUUAAAAGAUUAUAUUAAGGCAGAAGAGAACAAGUUAGAGCAAAUAAAGAAAUGGGCAGAGAAGUUAGAUCGGCUAACUAGCACAGCAACAAAAGAUCCAGAAGGGUUUGUUGGGCAUCCUGUAAAUGCAUUCAAAUUAAUGAAACGCCUCAACACUGAGUGGAGUGAAUUAGAGAAUCUGGUCCUCAAGGAUAUGUCAGAUGGCUUUAUCUCUAACCUAACCAUUCAGAGACAGUACUUCCCUAAUGAUGAAGACCAGGUUGGGGCAGCCAAAGCAUUACUGCGUCUCCAGGACACCUACAAUCUGGAUACAGAUACUAUCUCAAAGGGUAAUCUUCCAGGAGUAAAACACAAAUCUUUUCUAACAGCUGAAGACUGCUUUGAGUUGGGCAAAGUGGCCUACACAGAAGCAGAUUAUUACCAUACAGAACUGUGGAUGGAACAAGCACUGAGGCAGCUGGAUGAAGGCGAGGUUUCUACCGUGGAUAAAGUCUCUGUUCUAGAUUAUUUGAGCUAUGCUGUGUACCAACAGGGAGACCUGGAUAAGGCACUUUUGCUCACGAAGAAGCUUCUUGAAUUAGAUCCUGAACAUCAGAGAGCUAAUGGUAACUUAAAAUAUUUUGAAUAUAUAAUGGCUAAAGAAAAAGACACCAAUAAAUCUACUUCAGAUGGUCAGUUUGAUCAGAAAACCACACCAAAGAAAAAAGGGAUUGCUGUGGAUUAUCUACCAGAAAGACAGAAGUACGAAAUGCUGUGCCGUGGGGAGGGUAUCAAAAUGACUCCACGAAGACAAAAAAGACUGUUUUGCCGUUACCAUGAUGGAAACAGAAAUCCUAAAUUUAUUCUGGCUCCAGCCAAGCAGGAAGAUGAGUGGGACAAGCCCCGAAUUAUUCGCUUCCAUGAUAUUAUUUCUGAUGCAGAAAUUGAAAUUGUCAAAGAUCUAGCAAAACCAAGGCUGAGGCGAGCCACCAUUUCAAACCCAAUAACAGGAGACUUGGAGACGGUACAUUACAGAAUUAGCAAAAGUGCUUGGCUUUCUGGCUAUGAAAACCCUGUGGUGUCUCGAAUUAACAUGAGAAUACAAGAUCUAACAGGACUAGAUGUUUCCACAGCAGAAGAAUUACAGGUAGCAAAUUAUGGAGUUGGAGGACAGUAUGAACCCCACUUUGACUUUGCACGGAAAGAUGAGCCAGAUGCUUUCAGAGAGCUUGGGACAGGCAAUAGAAUUGCUACAUGGCUAUUUUAUAUGAGUGAUGUGUCUGCAGGAGGAGCUACUGUUUUUCCUGAAGUAGGAGCUAGUGUUUGGCCAAAAAAAGGAACUGCUGUUUUCUGGUACAAUUUAUUUGCCAGCGGAGAAGGAGAUUAUAGUACACGGCAUGCAGCCUGUCCGGUGCUAGUUGGAAACAAAUGGGUAUCCAACAAAUGGCUCCAUGAACGUGGACAAGAAUUUCGAAGACCAUGCACCUUGUCAGAAUUGGAAUGACAAACCAGCUUUCCUCCCUCUCCUGUUGUACUCGAAUGUCUGACACAGUUCCUAGUCCUAUCGAAACUUUGAGUUUACAAUUGACUAACACUCCAUGAUUGAUUCAGUCAUGAACCUCAUCCCAUAUUUCAUCUGUGGACAGUUUGUUUAAAAAUAACCCUUUCUUUAAAAUAACCCCAAAACACCAUGUGGUAUCACAGGAGAUAAGGCAGAGCUAAAAAUGAGGAUUUUUUCCCCCCCAACAGUAGAGAUUGAACCCAAGGCCUUAUACUUGCUAGGCAAGUGAUCUACCACUUGAGCUUAUGCCCCCUAGCCCAGGAAUUUUUAAUUAUGUACUACAUUUUAAAGAACUUUUGAUUGGAUGAAAAAUACAAUUUAAGUAUUCAGUUUUAGUAUUCCAGUACAUGUUGGUGGGUGGUAAGCCAGUAUGGACUGUGAUAGCUCUAUUACAGUGUUGCCUAGGGGUUCUGCUAGCCUGGACUUCUCAGUUUAAUUUUCUAUAUCUGCAUGAACACUAAUAAUCCAAACUGAAAUCUGGUCCUAGAUUAGAUUGUGACCCCUCUAUUCACAAUUAUUCUAGAUUGAUUUUUUUUCCCCUCUUAAUUAGAAAAUAUUAUUUUUGCCAUUCAUUUCUCAUGUAUCCUCUGUGGUGAAUUAAAUGUGUUUGAAAGUACUUCAAUUAAAAACAUUUUUAACAGAAAGCCCUGCUUUAACAGCACUAGGUCUUUCUAACUAAGCUUGUUAUUUGGUCUGCUUCACCUUUUUCUCAAGUGCCAGUACCUACUCCUGCUACAGCAGAUGGUGUGAUUGGCCUUCUAAUAAAUAAAUAUUGUGCCUUAGGAGACUGGAAGUUUGAAAAUGUAUAAGGUCUUUUUCAAUGAUGAGGGAAAUGAUUUUUAAAAAGUAAUCUUAAAAGCCAAAAUGUUCCUUUUCUAAAAAUUCUGAAAUGUGUUAUGACAACAAUGACGUAUUUAUGAUCUUAAAUCUUUUUU